GUGAAGUCUUGCGGCCUCACUGGUGCUUGGGAGAGUGGCUUGAAAGGAGACAGACACGCGGAGCAGUUAUUACAGCAGGGAGCAGACAGAUCUCUUGACAUUAUAACCAUAGCAGAAAAGCUGGUAUUUCAUGGAGAGAUUCCUUCAUGCCACAUGUUGUCUGUGAGUGCUAGCAUCACAGCUCUCUGCAGUGCCAUCUGAGACCAUACGAGUUGGACGCAGCGAUGGAGGACUCUCCAACAAAUGCCAUGGAUGAUGGCAUAGACACGUGCUGCAAAGACACACAGACUGAACUGGCAGAGCGGGUAGCAGCCAUGGAUGUGGCUGUUGGCCCAGACAGAAGUGACCAAAAUGGUGAAGACAACACUGAAGAAAAUGACACAGUCUUUUCUGAUAACAUAAAAGACGUCCAAAGAAAUGGAGUCAACAGUGAUGUGGGAAUGAAUGAACUGCCUUCCCAACGGUCAGAAGAUGCUCACUGGAGGCAUGUUCCCAAGAGACCUCUCACUAGACCCGUCCUAUCAAGUAGGAAAUUGUCUCUUCAGGAAAGGUCAUCAGGAGGUUAUUUGGCUUCUAGCAACACUCCAGGUUAUGGUCCUUAUGCCACAGGACCAUCGCCACGUAUAAUGAGGAGACCAACGAUAGAGUCCAAUCGGGUCUCCAUAUCAGAUUCUGAGGACUGCGUGCAAUUAAACCAGUACAAGCUGCAGAGCGAAAUAGGGAAGGGUUCCUAUGGUGUUGUGAAACUGGCCUACAAUGAGAACGAUGACAAGUAUUACGCUAUGAAAGUCCUCUCCAAAAAGAAGCUCUUGAAGCAGUAUGGAUUUCCACGUCGGCCUCCUCCCAGAGGGUCAAAAGCAUCCUCCGGAGAGCAGCCAAAACCCAUGGCACCACUGGACAGAGUCUAUCAGGAAAUAGCCAUCUUAAAGAAACUGGACCAUGUCAACAUAGUUAAGCUGAUAGAGGUCCUUGAUGAUCCUGCAGAGGACAACUUGUACAUGGUGUUUGACCUCCUGAGGAAAGGGCCUGUCAUGGAGGUACCAAGUGACCAGCCCUUCAGCGAGGAGCAGGCUCGGCUUUACUUCCGAGACAUCGUCUUGGGCAUUGAGUACUUGCACUACCAGAAGAUCAUUCACCGGGACAUCAAGCCUUCCAACUUGCUCUUAGGAGAUGAUGGGCAUGUCAAAAUCGCUGAUUUUGGAGUCAGCAAUCAAUUUGAAGGGAACGAUGCCCAGCUUUCCAGCACGGCAGGGACACCAGCCUUCAUGGCACCGGAGGCCAUUUCAGACACUGGCAAAAGUUUCAGUGGAAAGGCACUUGAUGUAUGGGCCAUGGGAAUUACCCUGUACUGCUUUGUUUAUGGGAAGUGCCCUUUUAUAGAUGAAUAUAUUCUGGGUCUUCAUAACAGGAUCAAGAACAAGCCUGUAGAGUUCCCAGAAGAAGCACAGAUAAGUGAAGAGCUGAAGGAGUUGAUCCUGCGUAUGCUUGAUAAAAAUCCAGAAACAAGGAUAACAGUCCCUGAAAUUAAGGUGCAUCCAUGGCUAACCAAGGGUGGUGAGGAGCCUCUGCCACUGGAGGAAGAGCACUGUACUGUGGUGGAGGUGACGGAGGAGGAGGUGAAGAACUCGGUGAAGACGAUUCCGAGUUUGCCAGCUGUGAUCCUAGUGAAGGCCAUGCUAAGAAAACGCUCCUUUGGAAAUCCAUUCGAGGUUCAGACGAGGCGGGAGGAGAGAUCCAUGUCUGCUCCAGGGAACUUACUGAUGGACAGACUCCUCUUAAACACAUCUGUAUAUGUGCAUCCAUCUUUAAGAAAACAAGGGAGCAGAGAAGGAGGCAGGGACCCAGAGCUGCCCGAUGUGUGUGAAGACGAAGCUACGUCCUGAAGCCACAGGCUGGUCGCUCACGUGCUGCUGCUGUUGUACCCAUCAUGGUGUUGUCUAGCACACAUCUGCCCUCAUCACCAAGUCCGGGGCCUGCAAAGCAGAAAAAAAACCCCAAAACAAAAUGGACCAAUCCAGAAAACCAGAAAGGAGGAACAGAGCAGCAGUAAGGAGAAGAGCAAGUCCUCAGGCAGUGUGGCUGGCAGAGGGCUGGCUCGGCCUCGUGGGCAGCUGCGUUCCUUGUGCGAGGUGUCCAUGCGCUCCUCCGUGUGUGCCUUGCUCUCCACUUGUGCUUCACGUGUGGGCUUUGUAGUUGGGUGUCUUGGCCGAUGAAUGUGGUUUUAUUUGUAAUGCAGCAAACCAAACGUCUCAUGGGUUGUUUGCCCCGGAGACUUUUUCCUUGCUCUUUUGCAUUCUCUAUUUCAAGCAUCAGGAAAAAAAAAUUACAUCAGAGCUAGGUUUUAUAUCAGGGGGCAACUGUCUCAUUUAAUGCACGGGUAAAGCACUUCUCUAUAUCGGGACACAGUCCUGCUCCUGUUGGAGUUGAUGGCAAAAUUUCUGUGGAUAUCAGUUAAACGGGGAAGAGAUCUUGCUUUUGGAGUGAAUGCUGUCACUCUCUAUGCCUGCCUUUCUCUUUUUUUCCUUCUCUUCUUAUCCCUCUGUUUUGCACAGUGUAAAUCCUGCCAGUGUUGAUGGCUUUAGUCAGGGCAGUGUCAUAAAAUAGAAGCACUACAUGGUAUUCCCUGUAAUGUGCAGUGAGCCCUUGAACAUCGUAGAGAUCUGGAGCGUUGGGAUAUGCUGUUACACGGAAAGGCUUAGUGCACUGAGGAUAUCUGCUAACAAAGUGCGCUCUUCCCAAAGAGCUGGGAUCGCACUCAGCUGCACCCAGUCCUGUGCACAAACGUUGUUCUUAGAGCUGAAAAGAAGUGGCAGGUUUGGGGUUUAUUUUAUUUAAGGGUGACUUCCUUUCCCUCACUCAUCUCUUAGCUCCUUUAAAAUUACAUACCUGAUGCUUUUGAACUCUUAUUUCCUGAUAAAUGACCCAAACUGGGAGAGCUUGCUAGGAUGAAAGAUUUGGAGGGGUUUUAGACUAAGGAAAGCUACAGAACACAAAAGAGAUCAAAACUUGAUCUUUUGGGUUUUUAAGGCUUUAAUUUUUAAUUUUAUUUUAAGACUGUCAUUUUUAUGCACGUGCUGAUGCUGCUAUUUUAUCCAUAGAUUGCUUCUAAACUUGGGAUUAGAAGCUUCAUCUCUACAGUUGGACAGUAGGUGAGAGAUUGCACUUAAAAGGGUGAAUGCCGCUAUUUCAGUGGCUGUUGACUGUACAGACUGUGUAUGUAAUGAGGAAUUCACUCUUGCACUCAGAGUAAAAAAACAGUGACACCAAUCCGUCAGAAUAUAUGUCAAUAUUUUCUCUUGAGCUUUGUGGGGCCUGAACAUGCCCCUAGGAAGCCAAUGGGAUUGGAUUCUUAUUUUAUAGUACUUAAAUAAAGGACACGAUUAAAUUUGCUUCCUAUGUAAUCAUCUUACUGUCUUUUUUUAGGUUAAUACUGAGGACUUGGGACUUUGUCCCCUAAUUUUUAUUUUUUUUUUUUUGCGAGGGGAUACAUGUACGAGGAUUGUUGGUAGCGACUGGUGUACUGGUGUUCCUGUUCUGUUUACUACAAUUUAGUUUGGUGGUUCCCAAUGUUUUCAUAGCUGGGCUUUGCUACCGGUGCCUUCUGCUGCCCAUCCCCAGCCUGCUGUCUCCCGUUGCUCAUUUUCAGCCACCUCGGUGGGAUGCCGAGAAGCAGUCACCAGCCUGGGCUCUGCCCCACGUGUCACCUGUAGAUAUUGGCAAAUUGGGAAAUAGUAUUGCAGCUAAUGUAUUUUAUUAAGGAGACCUUUAAUUUUUGAAGCAGGCAUUAGAUCCUGUAAAGGUUGCUGCUCUGGGCUUGUGCUUUGCAUCGCUCGCAUCUGGACAGUAAAUCCUGCCUGCUUUGUGUGUCUGCCUGCACCAACUGUGCGCUCAGCAUCCUCUGAGGGCCUGUGGUUCUGCUUCGGCUGUGUGCCAUGAUCCAUCCUGCAGGUUAGCGUACUCGGGCGCCAGCUGGGACCCUGCUGCCUUGUAAUGAAGAUUUAAGCACCCGGUGAAAGGGAGUGAGAAUGGAGAUGGGGACUUGGCAAGUCUGAGAGCACAGGGGUGCUCUGCAAAUGUAGGAGAAGGGACUGGCCGGGAGGAACCGCUGCCUUCGGAGAGGAUGGUCUCUGCAUGCAAACUGGUCUGUGCUGGGGACAAAGCGCUGGGGUGUCACCAGUUCGUGCUGCACACCAGGGGCUGAGCUGAGCAGCCCCGGGGAGAUGGUAGGAGUGAACUCUCUGUUCUCCAGUUUGCGGAAAAAUGGGGUCUCUCCAGCUGGUACCCCUGGAGCUGGCCAUGGCAGAGCUCUGCUGCGGCAGGGCUGGGCUGCCAACAGCAGGGAGGACAGCUGCGAUGCCAGGUGAGCCCCCAGCCUGCGCAGAGGAAUGAUCGCAGGACAAGGACACAUCUCGGGAAGUUGCCUUAGCCCUGGGAGAAAAGGGAGUACCUGUAAUCCUGAUCCCCGUGGGAAUUCUGAGGUCUUAGCAACACUUGGGUGGUGCUCAAAGAUCUCGUAAGACUGCAAACAUGGUGUUAUUUAUUGUAUUUCUUAUAUAUGCUAAGAAUAAUUUGGGGAUAGAGACAGACUUUGUUGAUCCAGCCAGUUGCUGGGGUUAUUCUAGUAAUGCCCAAGGGGGUGGGAGCUAGCAGCGCAAGGCUGCCGGAAAGCUGCUCUCAGCCUCAAGUAAUGCACCAAACAGAUGUAUGUUUACAAAUUAGCUCUGUGUCAUGUUCCUUUAGUGGUAGCUGGAGCGCCGCUUCAGUUUUGGAGGGGAAUGGGGGAAAUGGGUGUUUAUUAUGAUUACCCCAAAAUCUACUUUGAAAAAAUUGCCGUUUUUGCUGAAGGAAAUCCUUGUGGAGCUGUUUCCACAGGUCCAGGGAGCAACCAGAAUUGUACAGCUGGGCUUGUGUCAUACCUUGUUGCUCCAGCAAAUCUGCCAGCCUUGUGGGUUUUUCCUUUAUACCUCCAGAAACCAUCUGUAUUGCGUUGCAGACAGCAGCCUGAAAACUUGCAUGAAAUGAAAAUGGUGGAAGCUGCCCUAGCAGCAAGAGAAACAUUCAGAUUUAUCCAGAGGCUUGGUAGGACUCCUGCAAAAAUAUGCUGUACUUCUCACUUAGGUGAAAUGAAGUCCUUGCUUGUUUAUGUGCAUGUUAGGGCAGCUCAGAGCAAUGCUAUUUCUGCUCUGAAGAAAGGAAGAGACUAAAGAGUAUUUAUUUGAAAAUAAACAACUCUGGCAAGCCAGCCCUUUUAUCUGUUCAGGAAAGUCAUUCUCUGUAGCUGCAUGGCUAAAUAUUUGUCUCGCUUCUCUCUAUGAACUCAGGGAUGGGGUUUGGUGUGACAGGGCUCCUCCGAGCAGUGAGAAGAGCUGGCGUAGGCACGCUCUGAUGCUUUUGUAUAUGCUCUAUAUUUUUCUCCUCCAAAUCCUCGCUUGCCUGUGCUAUUCCUGGAGCACUGGCAUCCUGUGAGAAGAGAUACCGGGAUGCUCUGAACUGCCUUAGCUGGGCUCUGCGUCCCAGGGAGGGCUCCUCUUUCCCCUGCCGCGUGGUGGCACGGUUGGCUUUGGUCUGUCCCAGUUGGCUCUUCCAGCUCGGGGAUGGGCCCAGAUUGAGGGAUCUUGAAGGAAAUUUCUCUUUUGAGGAAAUCGCACAUCUUUUUGAUCUCCAGGAGGUAGAUUUCUUUGUCUUGCUCAAUUAAUAGCUGUGGGCCUUCAGUUUGGGAGGCAGUGCUAAGUAAAAAUCCUGGUUUAGUCUCUACUGUCUGGCACAGAGGAAUACUGCAGUGAAUGUCUUUAACCCUUUGGGCAGGAAUAUAUCGCUAUGAAUGUCACACUUGCAAGUAAUUGAGUUUUUCAGCUCUUUAAUGAUGCGUUGCAGUGUGUGAGUGGAUGCAUGGAUAAUCACUCACGGUGUUUAUAACACCACCUCCCCCAGCUGUGCCCAUGCAGGGGCUCUGCGUUGGGCAGUGGUUUUCGCAGUGAUGUUUCCAUGAGAAGUUGCAGCAUGGGCAGACAUGGUGUAGCCACAUGGUUUAGCCCUGGAGCAGGAGCAGAUCUAUGGAGGGGGUGUGCAGGACCGAGAGGGUAUUUGUAGCGAGCCUGUGGUUGGGUGUUUCCAGGUGUCCGUGCUGCUGGAGGCAGAAGGAAGACUUGGAAGUUUUGGCUGCAGCACCAUCUCUCCAGCCCGAUCCAUGUAGGAGCCCACGCUCGCAAGAGAAACUAAAUCACCUGCAGCAGUAAGUGUGACUGGACUGUGAUUUUUUUUUUUUUUUUUUUUUUUUUUCCCAUGCCUUGAGACAGAAGCAGCAAGCUGCACAGCAAAAGACUGGGCUUUCUGAAAGAUCAAGUGCCACACAUGUCUUUGACAUGUUUUCUUUAUCAUCAUUCGAGGGUGGGUAAGUCAGGCCUGUCCUUUGCUGGUCAUGGUGGCAUCAGUUACAUAUCUUGUUUGUGCCGUGUCUGGGGCCAACAUCUCCUGUCCGGAUGCUGGUUCACUUUUUGCAUCUUGCAGGUUAGAGAAAUCUUUGCGUUUCAGAGCUGAAAGCACACCUUGAGAUUUGUGCCGAGGCAGCGGUGCAUGUGGGUUGCAGGUUUGCAGGAGCGGGGGGCUGCAGCCUGCCUGGGGCACCAGCACGGGCUGCUGCCUUUUCCCGCUGCAGAGAGACCUUGCGGGGCUGGAGAUGAAAAAUGGGGCAGCUUGAGGUGUCUUCUCCUGGCAUGUCCCCUGUGAUACACCACGGAGGGGACACAUGAUAAGUACAGGGUCUCUGGCGAGCCCAGCACGCUCCUGCCGCUAUGCCCUGUUGUGUGCAUGCCUGUCCCCUUCAGCAGGCCUUCAUCUCACCUGCUACAUGCCAGAAUUUGGCCCUUAAGGCAAGCAAAAUGGUGCAAAACCCACUAAGGCUAAAUACAUGCCCAGCUCCUUGCAGUGUGGGGGUUGCUAACUCAAGCUGUGGUGUUUGCGGGUCCUAGGGACAGUGGUUUGACAAAUGCUGCCCUGGAAAAUAUUCCUGGGGAAUAAAACAGGGAAGGCAGGAGCAGCGGGUGGUCAAGCAGCAUCCGGGUUUGUCGCAGGAAAGCUAUUUUUGUAUACGGCUGCAUCCAAAGGGAGCCUGGCGAGGGGACAGAGUAGCUGCUCCAUGCAAAACAAAUUGCAACUCAAUGAAACGACUCCCAGGACGGGGUUUAAUUCCUUAUUUAUUGCCAGACUUGCAGCGGGGAGCUGGUGGGAGGAAUUUUAUGUUCCUUCAGCACGGCUCCAUAUCCCGAAGCCAUCAGCAGCGCUGCGGCAGGGGCUGAAGGAGGUUUUUCUCCAUUUCUGUGGUGUGUGGCCCGGCGAGCUCAUUUGCUCUCCUCCGGCUCAGUGCUUUCCCUCCCGUGUCUUGCCCAAGCAAACCAUGAGCUUUGUCCUGCCAGCCCAGGGGCUUCGUCCCAGCCCCUCAGAGACCCAGGCUCUCUCUAAGGGUCCCGGCUGCCCUCGCUCGUGCCCAGAGCCCCUCAUCUCCCGCCGGCUGCAGCGAGCAACAUCCCGUAGCUGGUGCUUUGGGCUCUCUUACGCCAAGCAGCACAAUCAGGUAUGUGAGAAGCUGGUGCAUGAUUGCAAGUUAUCCUUUAAUGGGGCAGCUAAUGCAAGAGCUUUAGAACAAAUGCAGCAAGGACUGUUGUCUCUCCAGUGUUGCAUCUGGGCAGACUGGCUGUGCGAGUUAAAAGGAUCACUUAUGGUCUUGGACAGCUUCGUUGGUGAUUUCCAGGCAUAGAGGUGUUUUGCUAGCUGCUCAGUGUUACUGUUCUGCUACAAUAAAAGAUGGUCCUUCUUUGAGACAGGCGAUCUCACCUUUGUGUUGGAUGGGGAUAGCAGGAUAGGCAGGCUCCUUUCUGCCCUGAGGGAUAGGGAUCUCAGUAAAUGUAAAAACCUUUCCAAAGGAAGGAGUACUGUGCUGCAGUGCUGGGGGGUCCUGCUGAGAUGAGAGCAUGAGCACGUCGGGUGUCCAGCAGGAAUACUGGAGACUGGAAAGCAGAUAGCGGGGGUUUUGUGUAACUUAGUUCAGGUACCAAACUUUUCCACUUUCCCAGGGCACGUUUACAGUGUUGUUUGCUGAGCAAAGCAGUGAAAGGGAUUUCUUUUCUGGCCCAGAGCCUCCUACAGAAAACCACUCUCUGAUCAGGUCCCUCCCAACCUGAUUUAACCUGGAUUAUCCCAUGUUACUCUGUUACUCUGAACGCAGCCCCCCGUGGGACCAGGGAAAGAAAGGAGCUCAAGAGCUAGUUGCUGCCUUUCACCUUCCCUUCCCUGAAGGAAAGCCAUGUAUGGGCAGAAUUGCUGCUAGCAGAUGCCCAGGGCCUCGGUCAGUAACCACAAGCCAUCAGUCAAAGCGUUCCAAAAAAUUGUGUAAAUUCAAGAAAAAAUAUAUUGCAACUUUUGAGGAUAUAAUUCGGAUCCUCUGUGCCGUAACUUUGCUGCUGUUUCUGAUUUAUAGGCCUGUUCUGUUAGUAUUUAAGUCUCUUGUUAUACUUGAUGUUAAAUAUAUGACUCUGUAUGUACUCUGCUAUAAUUCAAGCAUGAUGUAUAUGCACUCAGUACUGUAAUGGCACGUGGCCAUUACACUGUAAAUAUGUACCAUGAAUAGAGAGGCUAUUUUUUGCAUGCUUUUGUACUCUAGAACUGAAGAGAAAAUGACAAUAAAGUCCACAGAAAUGACA